UUGAAAUUAUUAGUUCACGUUUUAUAUAGUCGUCAGAAUUGUCAACUUAUUCUCUUCAAAAUGGCAGAGACAGCUGAUAGUCGAACGCUAGUAGAGGGAUUCACGUUUAUUCCUGUUACAUUUGAUCCACACGAACAUUGGAAAAUAGGGGAGAAAGUGAGAACUGGAAAGGAAAAAAUUCUUACUCUUCCAAAUGGAGUUCGUCUUGAGUUUGCAUAUAUCAUUACUCUUGCUGGAGACUUUUAUGGCGUACCUGAUGAACCGAUUGUAAAUCCCUUGAACCCUAGCCAUUCUGAUAGAUUACACAGAUUCAUCAAUGCUUACUCAACUUUGGCAAACACCCCAUAUGAAGGAAAGUAUAAG